UAAUAAAUUCCAAUAAAGAGAAUAUAUAAUCGACACGCCCGUCUCUGUGCGUUGAAUUAAGAUCGUAAAUUCUCCUUCCUUCUUUGUGGUUUCGCCAUGGCUCGUGGUCCCCUGCUCAAAAAGAUUAAUGGGGUACCGGCAUCACCUUCUGGAUCUAAGCUGGAGAAAAGGUUUGCCAAGAUGCGUCUUUCUGAAAGUGGGAACAUUAAGAAGAAGAAGAAGAAGAAGAAGGCGUCAUUAGCUAAUAAGGGAAAUAUCACAUUGUUUGAUGAAGUGGCCAACUUUGCUAAGACAAGUGCUUCUCAUUCUUAUGUGACUGAAGGGUCUCGACCUGCAAUUCCAUUUGUUGUAUAUGAGGGUGUUAAGGAGGUAGCUGACAUCAUGAGUCGUCCUGAUUGGCCCAAUCACAAACUUCAAUCUGAUUUGCAUCAAGCUGAGUAUAUACUUAUGGUGACUUGUCGCGCUUUCCGCAACUUGUUGCCAACUGGCUGGAGAUACGCACGGGAGUAUGCCAGCGCUCUUAUUGCAGGCUAUGGCGAGGUUUUCACAAGGGAUGACCUUCAAUACAUCGCGUAGUUUCAUAUUAAUGUAUGAUAUAUGAGGGAUAAUAUGUUGGAAGUUUGGAAAUUACUAGUAAGGAACUAAAUAAACAUAUUAUAACUCUUAGUUUGGUAAUAUGAUUAGUUAACACAUAUUCGUCAAU